AUAUCGCAGUGCGCAUAUGUAAGAAGGAGGUGGUGAUUUGGGACACGGCCCACGUUCAGACUCGCCCUGCCUCCCUGAGCUCUCCAAGAAACCCGGAGAAAUCCUCAGCCUGGACCUCCUACACCACACACCGAGCUCACUGAGCCCUGAGCUUGUCCCGCACACACGCCUAGUUUCGCCCGGUCGCCAUACGAGCCCAGGAAUGCCAUGGCCACUCAGCCCAACCAGGACUACUUCCGCUCGGUCAGCAGCGAGUCCACUACCUACAUGAUGGUGCCGGCGAGCGGCCGCAGAGAGUCUCCGUCCAAGCUGUGGCUCGCCAUGGUGGUGAUUGUGGUGGUGGUGCUGCAGAUCGCCUCCACCACCGGACUCUUCCUCUACUUAAACAUGUCCCUGUCCCAGGUGAAGAACCAAGGAGUAACAGAAGAGCUGCGAUGUCUGGGAUUGCUAAACGCCCUGGAUAAAAACCAGGAUAUUCCUGAGGACCUGGCCAAGCUCUUAGGAGAAUCCUGCAUCAAGCUGGCUGAAGGCAUCAAGGCGUACAUCUCUAAGGUAACAGAGAACAUCAUCUCCAGACAGACAUUCCAAGAAGCCAGAACCCUACCACAUAGUUACAACACUACAGGGGCGAAGUUUGUGACACAGAGACCUUCAGCCCACCUUACACUCAGCAGCCUACAAGGUACCACCCCUCAGUAUCCGAGUCCGCAGGCGGACCUGCACCAGUCGUGUCGCCACCCCGUGCGCUCCUGGGGCAACCAGAGCUUUGGCGCCCACCUGCACAACAUGACACUGGCCAACGGGCGUCUCCGUGUGCCUCAGGACGGCCGCUACUACCUGUACGCGCAGGUCUACUUCCGCUACCCGUCUCCCAGCGAGGGCGAGCAGAAGGGCACCAGCCAUCAGCUGGUUCAGUGCAUUUACAAGAAAACAUCAUACCUGAGGCCCAUCCAGCUGUUGAAGGGUGUAGGCACCAAGUGCUGGGCUCCUGACGCUGAAUAUGCCCUGCACUCCGUCUACCAGGGAGGUCUGUUCGAGCUACGUGCCGGCGACGAGGUCUUCGUGUCCGUCUCCUCCCCCUCGAUGGUGCACGCCGAGGACUCCUCCAGCUACUUCGGAGCUUUCCGACUGGACCUGUGAGGACACAUCAGAGACACUGCGCCGAGGUUACAUUACCCAAGAGGCAUUGGGAGGAUUUGGUUGUCUCUCGCGUGGUCCCAGGAGACAGAAUAGACAUUGCAUUGUUUUCAUUUUCUUUUAAUAGAUUGACAUUUUUUUAUAUAUAUGUGAAGGAAGAGGUUCAGACGAUUGGACCCCCUUUUAUAAGGCGGAAGAAUGUAUGUAUAUUUUUAAAAGCACAUCUAAGAUGUGGAUCUUGGAAACAGUAGCAAAAAAAAAAAAAGGAUAGGAUUGCCAGAACUUUGGGAGGCUUCAUCUGUGCCAAUCGUAUGGAUGUCUGAUGUACGAGGAGAAAACGGGCUUUCGCCUCAGGCCACUGGGCAUCGGAAUUUAAUGCAUUUUUCAAAUCUAUUGAGAUGCAAAAAGAGGAGAGGCUUAUGCUGUGCAGAUGCAGGAAUACUCUGUGGACAGUCAAACCAGUGGAGCAGCAUUCAGUCACAGAUAGAGACUUAAAAACAGACUUCUCUAAAUGGAUGCUCUCUCUCUCUCUCUCUCUCUCUCUCUCUCUCUCUCUCUCUGUCUCUCUCUCACACACACACACACACACCCAAACACAAUGCAGAAUGCACUUAUUUAACGCCAGAGAUGUGGGCACAUGAGAUGAGAUUCGUUGAUCUUUCAUUUAGUAUUCAGACUCAAUAAAUCAAAGUCACUGACUUGUUUACUUUCGAUUACACAUAAAUCAUACUCUCCCACUUAAGUCACGCUUUCUAAAAACAGCCCCGCCUCACUCAGCCAAACACAAACACACCCUCGUUCAACAUGAACGCAGCCCACUCAGCUUGGACAUCUGCAAUUUAAAAAAAAAGUGUAUGAAAGUUAAACAAACAGUGUUCUGUACAGUUUAAAUGUCACACCCGUGGCCUUUUAAUGCUUUGUUUUCUUCAAAGCAGAGCAUUCACAGGAUCACAAACAUUUUCAGUGGAAUGACAUGUAUGUAACCUUUCCUUCUUUCUUUCUUUCUUUCUUUCUCUUUCUUUCUCUUCUCGGCUGUGUGGCUGUGUGUAAAUACAAAUAUACCUUACAUGGUGGCUAUUUAAAUUUUCAGCACGCCUCAUACAGUGUAUUGGGAGUAAAUAACGCAGGAGAUGUGAUCUCACUUCCGACCUACUGAGGUUCUGAACAGGCAGAAGACUGAGAAAUCCACAGGACAACGUCUCUGCCAAUACACAAUCAUUUGAUGGACAACAGAGUACGCGUGAGGCAAUAAUGUGUCAUUUAAAUGGCUGAAUUCUUGAUAAAGGGCCAAGUUGGACUUCAAUGUAAUUCUUUUUCUUCCUGACUGGACUCCAGCCUGACGUUUCCCUGAUAAUGCCACUAUUCUCAAGGCCUUAAAACCAACCGCUUCCAACACACAAUACACACAGGAGUGAAAUGCACAGCCCAAGCACUUUCUGUUUUCUUUCCCAAGGACUUUUCUGUGAGCCACAAUAGACGUUAUAAAUCAUCAUCUCCAUCUGGGACGACAUUUUGGAAGGAGUAAAUGCAUCAAGGAGAUGUAUUGUGCAACAGGAAUAAUCGAUUGGAGCGAGCGCGAAUGCGCAUUAUCAGUCAUCGUAGAGGCAAAUGCCGAAGUGCCUUUCAGUGCUGCAUUGAUUUGAAUGUGUUAGCGUGCAAGUCUGUUGGACUUGGUCUGCACAAGCAGUAUAACAGAGGUUAUGGAAGGGUGCUAAAAGUGGUUUGGCAGCAUGUUACUAGCUUGAGCCUCAAACAUUUAGCCUAGGAUUUACAACCGGCUUCCAAAAUCUCAGUUAUCUUCAGCACAGCACACUCGGGUCCAUGGCUCAUCAAGUCAGAAUCGAGGAACUAGCACUGGCAAGGCUAAUUGGUGAGCACAUAAAAACACAACACAAAAGUACAGCUGAAAACUGGCAUGCAUGUCUGUUCCACGCUUGGGGGAAAAUAAAAUAAAUAGUUCUCCAUACCAGCAGAUGGCAAUAGUCCGUCUUCAUGAUUACACUGUUCAGUUAGUUUCCCCAUCUCAUACUACUGCAGUCAAUACUUUGUCAUGAUCAUACUCUGUCUACUGAGUAGGUAUCCUGACUUCCUACAUUAGCAUAUGAUUUAUAGUUGUGCUUUAAUAUUUGUGACUCUUUGCUACAAUAACAGGAGAUACAUCAAAACCUAGUAGUAGUCAGGACAAACACAAAUGGAAUAUGUAGAGCAGAAAAAUCCAAAGAAUGAGAAAGGACGCCAAGUAAGAAAAACCAGCAUUUCUUCCUCCAGGCAGCAGAUACUUAUCCUGUGAAUUUGUUUGGUGUUGUGGCCAAUAAAAAAAAAGUGCAGGGUGUUGUUUAUUAUUUAUGCUUUCACGUGGAGACGUUUCUUCAAUCGAUAUAUGCCAAAAGUUUGUGGACACCCGACCAUCACAUUCAUGCGUUUUUACGAGGAAAUUUAGUACAAUGUCGUACGUUUCAGCUGUAUGUUUUCCCUUCACUGGAACCGGGAGACUCGAACCUGUUCUAACAUGACCGUGUCCCUGUUCAGAAUGUGAGCUUCUAACCUUAACCCUGGGAUGAACUGUAACACUGACUGAGCCCCAGGCCUCCUCACCUGACAUCAGUGCCAGGGCUGAAUAAUCACAAAUCCCCACAGCCAUGUCCCAAGGUGUAGUGGAAAGCCUUCCCAGAAGAGUAGAGGUUAUUAUAGGAGUAAUGAGGGAUCAACUUCAUAUUAAUGCCCCUGAUUUUGGACAUAUGUUCAUUUGUUUGUGGUGGUCAGGUGUCCACAUCCUUUUAGCCAGGUAGUGUAUAGGAUAAUGUUUGUUUUUUUUAUUCUCUUAUCAUGCUAGGACUUUCCUGCUUGGUCUAUAGCUGAACACACUAGCCCAGCUAGACACUUGUUUUGUGUAUAGUUUGCUUGUCACUUCACUUCCCCUGUACAGAAUAUUCUUUUCCAUGCCACCAAUCGAACUGGUGUUGAUGGGAACCAACCUUACAGACAAAACUAGGAUAGUUAUCCACUCAUACAUAAUGCCCUCAAACGGCCAACAGUCAGCUUGGUGUAUCAGGGUCCUUAAUAGAAACAGUCACAUCUGGUUGCACAGAAGCCCGAGAAGGCCACAUGUUUGCCCAAGACUAACCCCACACCAAUCUAAAGCACAUGUAGCUGUCUGAGCUUGAGCUUUUUAGAAUUUUGCUGUGGAAUACUGGCUAAACACACAAACUCCACUACAAACACUACACUCUAGCCCUUACAUUGAGUGUUAGUGUGUGGCAGGUAAAAGGUCACCAUGGACAGGCUUAAGCAGUUACACGCUGCAGGAUCCCCACAGCUUUAAACAGAUUCCAGACGGGAUCGCCUUCUCAACAGACAGCGAGGAACCAAAUGUGAAAACGGUGUAAGAAAUGUGUCUCAAAGUGAAUGCGUGUUUGUUUGUGUGUGUGUGUGUGUGUGUGUGUGUGUGUCUUGGAGAUGAUUGUACAAAAUAGUAAAUGCAAUUCACAAAAUGCCCCAAUCUGAAAUGUUAAUGAACUGUUUGUGUUUUAUUUGAGACCGGACUGCGUUGCGGUGAAGUUUUGGUUGGGUAUUUUUUAGAAA